CACAGUCCGACAGCGACAGGAGCUCUGCCGGCGUAGCGUGCGAACGGACGGACGGGCUUAGACUUAUUGAAUUUAACACCCUCUCUGGACGAUCCUACGCACACGAGUUCUCGUACAUCUCGAGACACGGACCAGUUUCAAGAGAAUUAAUAGUCGCGCGCGCCCUGUUUCGCCGUUCGCGUGUUCGCAAGUCUCCGUCGAAUUCUCGUAAACAGAUCUGUGAUCGCGAUAGCUCGGGUCAGAAGUGAUCAUGAAGAUGCAUCCCAUUGGAAUCGUGGCUGUCUUGCUGCUAAUCGGGACCGAAAUCUUGGGAUAUCCUCCGCAGGAAAGAAUAAUGCCAGAUGAGACGCCGGUUCCCGAGGACGCGGUCGAACACGAGGACUCUGUGGCGUCGGCGUCGGAGGUAGACGAAGAGUACGACGACUCCGACAUGUACAUGGAGCCGGAUGAAGCCGAGACGACCCUGCAGCCGGAUCGCGACGCAGAGGCGAGCGCGAAAAGGGACGACGAGGACCGCGAGGAGACGUCCACUGCCGCUUCCGCGGCUGCAAACAGCGAGAAACUGGCAGCUACCACGGACCAAGAGGCGAAAAAUACCCAAGAUACAGCGAGUCUCGUCGACGCGGCGGAAGGAAGUCUAGUGACCGAGAGCCAGAACUUCUUCCCGUCGUUCGCGGAGCUGUUCGCGAACCACCGACUGCCGUUCACUGAGCAGCAGCAGCAACGGUACCGCCCCAACAGGUUCCUCGGUUACUUCCAACGCGAUCGCAACUACCAGGCAACCGCGGCUACCACCAAGGACCAGCACUCGCUGUUGGGUUCCGGUAACUUCGGGGUGAUUCGCGGCGGUACUUACUACCCGGAGGACAAAGAGAACGACGAGUACUCGGUGGACGAGAGCCUGUACAAUCCGUAUUACCACAGUCGUGGACGUGCACAGUACUACAGGAACCCGAAACCGCAGCCCGUCCGCGGCGGUGAUUUCUUCGCGAACUUCCGCGACUUCGCCGACAUCACCGCGCCGCCCAAGUCCAGCUUCUCACAUCUGUCCGUGGUGUACGCCAACAAGAACGGCAGCACCACUACUGGACGCGUCACAGAACCCCGGAACAUCAUCGAGACUCUAAGGAUGUUGGAGGAGGAGGAGGAGGAGCAAUCCAACGCGAAUGAAGAAGUACUCACCACGGAGGAGACACCGAGGAAGAAGCAGAGCAAGGGUAAGCAGAAGCUCAUGAAGAUGAAGCAAUACGAGGAGGACAAGGCCAGGAGAUCCCGCAUGUCCGUCGAGCCGUUGCUCGCCCUCAGCUGAGGAACGUGGACGAACGUCGGAAGUGAAGUGCAUGUUAAGACGCGGACGCAAACCUCGGGAUUUCUCCGAAACGCGGAAUCUGGCCUCGAGAUCGGAACCAAAGUCUGAAAAGCGUCGUCGCACGAUCAUAUUGGUGGAGGAUGUGCUGAAAAUGCGCGACAGCGACUGAGGGGCAGGAGAAAGAGGAGGAGGAGGGAGACAUCUUCGUGUAUUCGCGAACGGAAUCGAGAACGCGCGUAUGAACUCUUUUCAGUAAGCACACACAUAAUCCGAAGAACUAGCGACUCGGAAACUACUCGGGUACCCUGGAAUUCACUUUAACGCGGUGACGUCGCCAAUUUAGACAGUAUUCAAUUCCUAGCAUUGGAAUCCGACGAUCAUAUGAGUGAGAAAGCUUUUCAUAUGAGUGAAAGUUAUUCACACUACUUUUCUAGGGCCUAUUUAAUAAUCGUUACUAGAAACUCGCGUGAGACACUCAGAUUUGAAUUUAGAGUUAGAUAUGCGUUUUUCAGUCGAACCAUGCAAUUACAAACAUAACGUGAAUAUCGCAUGAUUGAAGUGAAAAACUUUGAUGUAACUUGAAACUCAGAUCUUUGUACCUCAUAUGAGAUAAAUUUCAAAUAAGGGCUAUUGACAAGGACCAAGCUUUAAGUGAAGUACCGCGUGAAGUUUCCGUGUCACUCGCUAAACGAAAAUUCAAAACUUUAAAAAAGAUCGACUAGUUUUCUCUCUUUUUCUUUCUGCCCCUCCUUCUCUCUCUCUCUCUCUCUCUUUCUCUCUUUCUAUUAAGGUCACAUGCGCGACGACACGUAAGUUGGAGCAUUAUAAAUAUACAAAGCACUGGCGUUCCUAUUUAUCGGCCAAUCAUCGUCAUGAGAUCCGAAAAGAAGCCCUGACGCUUCACCGAUUUUCCACGUUAGCCGACACCCCGGCGCGACUUUGACAGAUCCCGUGAGAUUUCUCUUCUUCCUUCUUCCUUGAGCAUACAGCGCGUCGAUCAGCACGUUUUUACGCGACUCUGCGUUACGCGUCCCGCCGACUGUCCCGCACGGACACCUUCUGGAGAACCGUUCCCGAUUCGGCGAGGUGUUUGCGGGGGCUAACUGGCAACGAUUAUUCACGGAGACCUUUUACGUUGAUUGGAUUCGCUCGUACGCGAACGUCACGCUCGAGUAAGCCGCGAUUCCGGAAUCGGUAAACUCUUACCAGCGACACUCGCGCUCGGCUAAAACGCUAAAUUCCAUGACAGAGUGCGCGGCACGUGCGCGCGGCCUCGUUAUCCUGUAAUUAUACGAAGCGCGUAAGCACGAUCCCUGUUAGGAUACCUCGCGGAAUACGCACGAGGACUGCCCUUCUCAGUUACAAUUUUGUGUUCCUCUUCGUACCAGUCUGGUGAAGGUGGUUUUCUUUCUAUUCUGCACGCGGAGAACGUAAAGGUGUCGAGAUGACUGAGAGGGACAGACGUGCGGAAAACGGCGAGACCUGCGGAACUUACGGUACUACGUUGUAAAUAAAUUAUAUCGAUUCGCUUCUUACGUGUUAAUUUAGUGUUUUAGUUAAAGCUAGAAAGCAGACGACGUUUGUUUACGAUAUGUUACAUUACGUUGACACGCGUGCUUUUGUGCGCGUCAGCACGCAGAAUUCAUUUCGCGAUCAGAGGAACACUUGGAGCGGAGAUCCGCGCAAACUUAUCGAGCUACAAUAAAGACUGUCAGUUUUCCCUCUUGUACUUUUUCGCUAUUAAUUAUGCGAAGAUGCGCCGAUUGCUUCUACCCGUGCUUACAGUUUCGACGAGGCCGCCGAGAUCGGCCUCGAAAUUCACAAGUGUUGCUUAGAGUGUAAUAAGGAAAUACCCCAUCCCCCAUCUCUCAAUACUCGCGAUUAUUGUGGAAUAAAGAGCACUCGAGGGCGAAGAAGUCGCGCUGGUGCUCUCGCCCAGAAUUCCAGCACGACUGCUGCGUCUCCCUGGACAAAAUUCGCGGCGGUGGUUGCGCCCCGCGUUAUCUAGCGAAUAAGAAACGACUCUGAAUCGUGACAGGAGGAUCGUGGCCGAACCUUCGCCCUAGAUCUCGAUUCGUUGUUGUUUCGCUUGUUGUUGAUUAUUUUAACGCAGAACUAUAUCAUUAGGCUUAUACACGUCGAACCGUCGGAAAAAUGUAUGUACAUCCCGCGCCCCGUUCAUCUCACAUUGCGCUUCGAAGGGGCGCGGUGGACAAAAAAAUUAAAUAAAAUAUAUUUUUCGAAAUAAU